GUCGUCACUGGUAUCGUCGUCGUCCUGAUCAUGGUCGUCACUGGUAUCGUCGUCGUCCUGAUCAUGGUCGUCACUGGUAUCGUCGUCCUGAUCAUCGUUAUCGUUGUGGUCCUGAUCAUGGUCGUCACUGGUAUCGUCGUGGUCCUGAUCAUGGUCGUCACUGGUAUCGUCGUGGUCCUGAUCAUGGUCGUCACUGGUAUCGUCGUCCUGAUCAUCGUUAUCGUUGUGGUCCUGAUCAUGGUCGUCACUGGUAUCGUCGUCGUCCUGAUCAUGGUCGUCGUCGUCGCCACAACAAUAACAACAAAGAUGGCAGCAAAUUCAAAGCAACAAUGGGAAAUUAUCAAAAAAUCCUUCUUUAUUGAGGGAAAUUUUGGAGAUGUGGGUGAUGGUGAUGAACUGGAGCUAGUAAUGAGACUGGUACAACAGCUUGGAGUUGGCCAACUUGUUCUUGACCUGGCUCUAGAUGCCAUCUGGGUUACUAUCAGACAGUCAGUUGUGCCAAAAUUCUGGAGCCACUUUGUUACCUACAACACUGAGGAGAGUGGCAGAUAUGAGGGAGCGAGUGAAGGGAGUGUGGAGGUGAUGUCAAGAGUAACAACUGCUGUUAGUGAGCUUUACAGCAGUGCUGUCACAUUUUUGCCUCAAAUACAUAGGUGUGAAAUGUUAUGUGAACAUUGUGGAGCCAAGUUUGAAGAUUGUAUCCCUGGUGGUCUGAUGGAACAUUUCAAAUUACAUUUACGAGCUACCUUACACAGCCAGAUGCCAACCUCAUUUACGAACCUUCUUCAAAAAUUUUAUGCUGCAGCUUUCAAGGUCUUUUAUAAUGCUGAAGGUGGCAACCAGGGGGAAGAAUGUGAUGAAGGAGCAGAUGAGGUUGUAAAGUGUGGCGGUUGUGAUGCGCCGACUGAUGCUUGUCAUUGCCAUGCUAUAACUAACACUUUUUCUCAAGUUAAUAAACAGUUGCUGGAGUUAGACUUGCUAGAGAGACUUGCUGGUGACAUUAUAUCAUCACUGUUGCUCACUGUCAUCACUGAUCAUGUCACUGCCACUUGCCGAGACUCGUAUGACCAGUCACGUAUUAGCCAGCUUGAGAAGUGGGUGGAGAGUGUGGUGAUAGGAUGGCUGGAAGUGGUGUACUGUGGUGGUCGUGGUCAACUCUCUUCAGCUGAUUCUGUAGUACAGACUAUGGUGGCUAACAACCUUAACCAGACCUAUAUGACAGCUCUUUAUCAUACUUAUACAACAACACGGAUAGACCAGCUCUUUAAUAUUGUCAUUGAAUACCCAGAGUCUCAGCCAGCUCUAGAAGAUAUCCGAGAAUGUUUAGAUCGUACUCACUUAAGGAAUCACCUUGUAGACUCCCUGAGAUCAGCAAUACAGACACGUCUUCUUCACCCUGGAGUCAACACAACUGAUGUUCUUCAUGCAUAUAUCUCAGCUAUUAAGGCUUUGCGUGUACUUGACCCAAAGGGAGUUCUUCUUGAGCUGGUUUCAGAGCCUGUAAGACAGUAUUUACGUGGAAGAGAAGACACGGUACGUUAUAUUGUAACAAGCUUGACCGACGAAAGUUGCUCGGAACUAUCAGAAGAGUUGCUGGUUGCUGCACCAUUGGUCUUGGAUGAUUCUCACAGUGAUGAUGACAAUAUGGAUAACUGGGAGACAUGGACACCUGAUCCAGUACAUGCACAUAGUUUGAAAUCAAAAUCACAGCGUACAGCAGAUAUAAUUUCCAUGUUGGUGAAUAUUUACGGGAGUAAAGAUGUCUUCAUCACAGAGUACCGUACUAUUCUGGCUGACAGAAUACUCUCUCAGUUUAGUUAUGAUACUGAAAGAGAGAUCAGAUAUUUGGAGCAUCUAAAGGUCAGAUUUGGAGAGACUCUUGCACUGCUUCAUAAAUGUGAGGUAAUGGUAAAGGACGUUGCAGACUCCAAGCGCAUCAACAGCUCCAUUAAUUCUGAUGAAAAUCCUCGUAGAGAGAAGCAGAUGUUCCCUGUAUCAUGUAUGAUUCUUUCUGCACAGUUCUGGCCCUCAUUUAAGGAAGAACGUCUCCAGUUACCAGAGGAAGUAAUGAAGGAGCUGGAUACUUACACUGAAGCAUUCCAAGACCUUAAGGGCAACAGAACACUAAACUGGAAACCACACUUAGGACAGGUUCAAGUAGAAAUUGAUUUGAAAAACCGUACACUAAAUUUGACGGUUACGCCAACUCAAGCCACCAUCAUAUAUCAUUUUCAAGAACGAGCUCGCUGGUCCAUAGAUGAUUUGAGCACCGUCACACAGGUCCCCAAAACUGUUUUGAGGAGAAAGAUUACAUACUGGCAAACACAGGUGGGUGACAAUAAUGUUUAUUUUUUAAAGGAGGUUUUGUGGGCGAGGGGCUUGGACUUCCAGCAAGCGUGCAUGAGCGUGUUAGAUAGGAGUGAAUGGAGACGAAUGAUACUUGGGACCUGACGAUCUGUUGGAGUGUGAGCAGGGUAAUAUUUAGUAAAGGGAUUCAGGGAAACCGGUUAUUUUCAUAUAGUCGGACUUGAGUCCUGGAAAUGGGAAGUACAAUGCCUGCACUUUAAAGGAGGGGUUUGGGAUAUUGGCGGUUUGGAGGGAUAUGUUGUGUAUCUUUAUAUGUAUAUGCUUCUAAACUGUUGUAUUCUGAGCACCUCUGCAAAAGCAGUGAUAAUGUGUGAGUGUGGUGAAAGUGUUGAAUGAUGAUGAAAGUAUUUUCUUUUUGGGGAUUUUCUUUCUUUUUUGGGUCACCCUGCCUCGGUGGGAGACGACCGACUUGUUGAAAAAAAAAA